UCGAGAUCUGCUGCUUUGGUUUGGACCGGGGAAAUCCUUAACUGAAUUGCGUCAUAAAUACGUCAAUAAACUCUCAUUCACUGACGGUCAGGUACACAGUAGCCGCCAUAUUCGCAUCUAUGGCAGGGUAGCGGUACUCUCGGCGAUCGUAUGAUCUUGUCAACAUCAACAAUUCCUCGCACCGAUCCCUGGAUCUCAUCCUGAUAGCGGUCCGCAGCCACGCCGCCCGCAUCUGAACAUCAAAGCAGAGCAAUCGGACUUCCACAGAGGGGAAGACAUGCAACGUGGAGAAGGGGUCUAGGUGGAAUACGAUGCCUUAGACUUGGAGAGGAAUCCUGGCACAAGAUGGAAGUAAACAGCGUUAGCAGUGAGUUGAAUGGUCAUCAGAUCAUGGAUGAGCCCAUGGAGGAGGGAGAGUCUUUCUCACACUGUGAUGACGGGACGUACAAAGAGAUUCCUAUCACCCACCAUGUGAAAGAGGGCUGUGAGAAAGCUGAUCCAUCUCAGUUUGAACUGCUUAAAGUCCUCGGUCAGGGCUCUUUUGGCAAGGUAUUUCUUGUCAGGAAGAUUGUGGGUCCAGAUGCUGGUCAAUUAUAUGCAAUGAAAGUACUAAAAAAGGCAUCUUUGAAAGUCAGGGACAGAGUUCGCACUAAGAUGGAAAGAGACAUUUUAGUAGAAGUCAAUCAUCCCUUCAUAGUGAAGUUGCACUACGCCUUUCAGACAGAAGGGAAACUGUAUUUAAUACUGGACUUUCUCAGGGGAGGGGAUGUAUUCACUCGCUUAUCCAAAGAGGUAAUGUUUACAGAGGAAGAUGUGAAAUUCUACCUUGCAGAGCUGGCCCUGGCCCUCGACCAUCUGCACAACCUGGGCAUAGUUUACAGAGAUCUCAAGCCAGAGAACAUCUUACUUGAUGAAGCUGGACAUAUAAAGUUAACAGACUUUGGCUUGAGUAAAGAGUCAGUAGAUGCUGAUAAGAAGGCUUAUUCCUUCUGUGGUACGGUGGAGUAUAUGGCCCCUGAGGUGGUCAACAGGAGAGGACACACACAGAGCGCGGACUGGUGGUCUCUGGGAGUACUUAUGUUUGAAAUGUUAACAGGAACGUUACCGUUCCAAGGGAAAGACCGCAACGAGACCAUGAACAUGAUUCUCAAAGCAAAGCUGGGAAUGCCCCAAUUCCUCAGUUUGGAAGCCCAGAGUUUGCUCAGAAUGCUGUUUAAACGUAACCCUGCCAAUAGACUAGGGGCCGGGCCCGAUGGUGUGGAGGAGAUCAAACGCCACGCUUUCUUUUCCACCAUCGACUGGAAUAAAUUGUACAGGAGGGAGCUUCAACCCCCAUUCAAGCCUGCCGCAGGUAAACCAGAUGACACGUUCUGCUUCGACCCAGAGUUCACCGCUAAAACACCUAAAGACUCCCCAGGUAUCCCACCCAGUGCUAAUGCCCACCAGCUCUUCAAAGGCUUCAGUUUUGUUGCCCCGACCCCAAUGGAUGAGAACAAGAGUUCCCCGCUGAUCAGCAUACUCCCCAUAGUUCAGAUGCACGGAGGCUCAGCCAAGUUCUCUGAUCUGUACGAGCUGCAGGAGGACAUCGGGGUCGGCUCUUACUCCAUCUGCAAACGCUGUGUACACCGAGUUUCUACCGUGGACUAUGCUGUGAAGAUUAUAGACAAAAGUAAGCGAGACCCCUCUGAAGAGAUUGAAAUCCUGAUGCGAUAUGGACAGCACCCCAACAUCAUCACUCUAAAAGAUGUGUACGAUGAGGGCAGGUACGUAUACCUGGUAACGGAGCUCAUGAAGGGAGGGGAGCUGCUGGAUCGAAUCCUCCGGCAGAAGUUCUUUUCUGAAAGAGAGGCCAGUGCUGUGCUGUACACCAUCACCAAAACUGUUGACUACCUCCACUGCCAAGGAGUGGUACAUCGAGACCUGAAGCCCAGCAACAUCCUGUACAUGGAUGACUCUGGGAAUCCCGACUCCAUCAGGAUCUGUGACUUUGGCUUUGCCAAGCAGCUUCGGGGAGGCAACGGCCUGCUGCUCACCCCCUGUUACACCGCCAACUUCGUGGCACCUGAGGUACUAAUGCGUCAAGGUUAUGAUGCAGCCUGUGAUAUAUGGAGUCUUGGAGUUCUGCUGUACACCAUGUUGGCAGGGUACACACCGUUUGCUAAUGGACCGAACGACACACCAGAAGAGAUUCUUCUCCGGAUAGGAUCUGGAAAGUUCUCUUUAACGGGUGGCAACUGGGAUACUGUAUCAGACACCUCGAAGGACUUGCUGUCCCACAUGCUCCAUGUAGACCCUCACCAGCGAUACACAGCAGAGCAGGUUCUAAAGCAUUCCUGGAUCACAUGUCGAGAUACACUACCACACUUCCAGCUCACACGCCACGAUGCACCACAUCUUGUCAAGGGAGCCAUGGCUGCUACGUAUUCAGCUCUGAGUCAGAAGACGAGUCAGCCGGUGUUGGAGCCCGUGGCAGCAUCCAGUUUAGCCCAGAGACGCAGCAUGAAGAAACUCACCUCAACAGACAUGUAGACAUAUCAGUCGCCCUCCAGUUUUGGCCUCACUCUUGCAGACUCAAAUACGCAAACACAAAUGCGCACGCACACACUCAGACCCAAGUCCUGGCCAGUCCAAACUACUGCCCCCUCUUCCUUUAUGUUUUCUAGAUAUUUAUUUAAUACAUCCAGCAUUGGCACUCACACUCAGAAACUCGCUCACACAGACACAGAACGAAGGUGCAAUGCAAAGGAGUGGGCCGAAGAAGAAGAGCAGAAUCUCACAUAUCUGUUACUGCUGGGGAGACGGACUUGUAUUUAUUUCCACAGCUUUCAUAUGCACUUACCCUCCUCGCCUUUCAUUCUGUCUUCUCCGUGUGGGGAAGAAACACCAGCUGAUGUUCUCCUUCACUGUGAUUGGCUGAUUCAAAGCUGCUUUGGUAAACUGUGCCCCUCCCUCACCCACAGCUCUUCAUCUUCUCUCGUUCACCCUCCUCCUCAGUUGUGUCUCUUUGUCAUGUUUUACUUUUGCUCUCUUUAAUUUUUAUUUUCUUCAAAUUUAUGAUUUAUGUUGAGGGUGCUGGCAGGAUGAUAAUGACUGAGGUACACUGUAGACUGUUUCCUCUCUAAAAAUGACAACAAAACAUUUAAAAAGUCCCUCAGCAUCAGAAUCAUUUACCAGCACUUUUGGGAACAUAAAUGCAUGUUUGGACAGAACCUGUGCUCCUUUUCCCUUCAAGAUCCCCGUUUGACUCCUGUUACUUUGUGACUCUAACAAUGUUUAAACAAAAAAAAAAGUUACAUAAGCUGCAGAUGGAUAAAAGAAAUGCCAAGAAUCUGAAGGUGAAACAGUAGGGUUGAGAUACCACAGUCUUGUUUGCAAAAUAUAUAUAAAUAUAUAAAUAAAUGUAUAUGAUGAUGAAGAAGAUGAAGAGCAUGUGAGGGAGCUGUAGGGAUUUCUCUGGGGGGGAUGGGACGCAACCCAUCGAACCAGAGAGGCUGAAUUAAAGAAAAUAUUUCCAUGAAUAUCUCUUCGAAAAGACAUUGUGGAAAUUGUAUGAUAUUGUAUUUAUUUCAUUUGAUUUUUAAAAUUCUAUUUUUCUUUCAAGUUCUGUAUAUAUUGACAUUAAAGAUCAUUAUUGACAUG